GCAUUAGUAGCGGUGGGUAGUGUACGCAUUUCGGUCAAUAUUUUCCCGGUGAAACCAACUUAGUUACACCGCCACUCUGCCUCUCUACACCUCUCUUUCCCGCCACUUUUCCUCCGCCAUAACCGAAAACUCCAUAACCUUCUACAAAAUAGCCGUCAGGUUCUUUUUUGAUCGAAAGAUUCGCGGUUUUUUCUAUGCGGAAUUGCUAGUGGCUUUAAAGAUCAUGGGUCGUCAUAGAAAUGGGGAACGAUACAGAACAACUACACUAUGGAUUACCCUCUAGGUUUUCAUAGAAUGACAAAUUGUCUUCAUCUUUUUAUUAUGAAAGACAAGUAGCCUCCAUAUUCAUUGAAUAUCUUGUCAUUUACUUUUUAUUAACCAAUAUGUCUAGGUUUCUAUAUUGAUCUUAAUUUGUGAGAAGUAUUAUAUGUCUUAUGGGGACAAACUAUGGGGCCGAAAAAUUGAAAAAAGUUAUGAUUCCAUCGGACUCAAUGAGAUCAAAGGUACGAUUCAAUAAGAUUUAAAAAAGUUGGGAUUGAUCCCUAAAUUUCGAUCCUAAUUGAUCCAAUUGAUUCAUAACUUGACCCAAUUGAAUUGUAACUCCUGCCACGCAUUGUAUGGAAUUUUUACAUCAGUUUUUUUUCUUUUUUUCUGUUGUGUAAUAGCAAAAAUGAUUUAUUGUCAAUAUUUUGAGCAUCCUCAAACAAUUGUCUGUGGGGAAGAGAUGAAAGUCCGAUUGUGAUGAUACAGUGCUGAAGAGACGCGGGGUUUAUACAACUGUUGUUUUAAGAAGAUAUACAGCUCAAUUUCACUAAGCCUUAUUGCAAAUACUUGGAAUUGACUAACGAGGUAGGAUAUAUCUGAGACAUAAGGGAAACUUUUCUCAUAGGAAAAAAGAAAUAUAAGAUGAAUUUAUUGUUGUUGUAAGUUACAAUAGCCGGAAACUACCUUAUCCAAUAAUGUCAUGCAAACAAAAUAUCUCUUUAGAGUUACUUAAACAUAUCUUUUUGUUUUUUCAAACAUGCAAUGGUUUUGAUGACAUUCAGUCAGUGUAUAUGAGAUAUACGAAUAUCAUCAAUUACCGAUCCUUUUAUUUGAAUUCACAUUGAUCACAUUUCUCAUGCUCUCUGGUUUUGCAUAUACUUCUUAGGGACAGAGAUUUUUAUAUUGCAUCUGGUGUGUUGCUAAUGAGACUACAUGCUCUAUAUAUUUCAAUGUGCAGGAAUAUAGGUUUUUUGGGAAGCCCUAAUUCUAAUAUAGCCGUGCACAGUCUUUGCCAAGAUAUCUUCUUAUUCUGUAUGUUAGUGUUGUGACAGUUUUAGGCAAGCCAGGGAAUUGAUAUUAUGUUUGACAUAGGAGAAACUAUGCUUCUCUUGAAAGAUUUUCAUAAUGCUAAUUUUGAUAGGUAGUAGCAUAGGAAUUGUAUGGAAAAAAGGCCGUACGUAGUGGUACUUAUUCAUUGGGAGACCAUCACGUUUGAAAAUUCUAUUUAUGUUCAAAUGUAGAAAUAUGUCUGUACAUGGUAACUUUUUCAAUAUUGGCAGGAAUAUGAAACAUAGAUCCUCUCUGAUAACUGCAACAGAUUCUAGAUUGUCAUCAAAUCUUUCUUAUUGAUAUGCCUUCUUUGUAUCUGUACUUUCACCACUUGCUGGAAGCAUGCAGUUUUUUCGGUUAGUCUAUGCUCGACUUAGUUGUCGUCUUUAAUUAUUCACAUUGAGUGCUGAUGCAAUAACAAACUUUUUCUUACAAUUUUGGAUAACAAUUGAAGGAAUAUUUAACCACAACAACCCAACAUGAUGUGUUGUAGUACCACUUUGAAUUUGAUUGGUGGGGUAUAAACUCGUUGUUUAGGUGUUUAUUGACAUUUCAAACCUAUUUGUGUUUCAUUAUUAUCAGUGCUAGAAAGUACGGUAGUGACCGCAUUUAAACCAUAUGGUAACUUAAAUGAAGAAAAAAAGGAGGAAUACAAACACAUAAUGAGCACACUGCGUCAUCAUAAACCUACUUUUAAGGUGGACCCGCUCCACACGUACAUCUGCACUUUACGUAUAUAACACGUGUAUGUCAUAAUCCUGCAUGCUAGAUUAGUAAGCAUCUUUUUUUUUGUCUUCAAUGUUUUUUCCUUUUAAAGGAAGAAUAGUAAAUUACUGUAAUCUAGGAAAUAAACAGAUCAUCAAAUGUAAAAUCGAUUAAGUGCAUUAAAUUUCCGUCUUCAUCCCAGACUUGCAGUAUUUAUAACCCUCCUCUUCUUCACAACAGCUUCACUCACUUCACCUCUUAGCCUCACCCCUCUCUCUCUGGUUCACACAGCACACACACAACCUUUCUCUCUCCAACAUUUUGUUUUUAGGUUUUUUUUUGCUUGAAUAGAGCUUUGGACUCUGCCGAGCGCUAUAUCUACACAUUAUGUGUCUAAAUUCAACCCAUUUUAGAGAGAGAGAAAUUGUUCAUCUCUUUUCCUCUUGCGAGGUUCUCUUUUCUUUUUUAUCUCUCCAGUUCUUGUAUAUUUACAGUCGUGAUAUUUGCUAUGAACCUUCACAUGCAUUGAAAGAUCAUAGAGAAAUCUCCAUCAUCUCUCUUUUUCUCUUCGCUUGCUUCGUCUCUCUCUCUCUCUCUUCAAGUUCAUUUGUGUUGAUUGUCUUUUUUGGAGUUCUGUGAAAAAUCAAACAGAAAAUUUUUUGUGGUCAAUCAGAGAGAGGUAGAGUCUUGGUCUUAGCAAUUUGUAAUUAUCACAACCGACAAGGAAUACCAUGUCAUCACCUAAGUACCAAGCACUCCACAGCUCAUUUUCCCAAUUGAAAUUGUCCAAUAACUGCCUGACCAGCAAUCAAUGUGAUCACCAACUUGGUGACUCUUCAACUCAACAAUCUCCUUCGCCUGAUGUUGUGCUGUGCCAAUCUCCGCUGUCUGAUUCAGCGCCAUUGCAAUCUCUACUGACACUAGGACAGUCUGCAAUGCCUGAUUUGAGCUCCAAAUCGAGGUCCAGCAAUGCUGCUUUGUUCAGGAGCGGUUUUUCUCAUGAUGAUCAGAAAACUUUUGCACCGCCUUUGAGUGUCAAAGAUGACUUUUCUUUUUCAGCUUCUGAUCACACUAUUGAGACAUCAGAUAAAAAGUUGUUGACAUCGGAUAUUGAUGUGGCUGUGGCUAAAGAGGAGAAACCAAAGAUCUAUAUUCGUCUCCGUACAAAGAAAAAGUCUGAGGAGGUUCAACAUGAUGGAAAGACAGGUACAGUCCUUAGAAAAGGGGAAGAACUGGGGGCAAAAACUUGGAAUUUGAGGCCUAGGAAGCCCCUUCACAAGCCAGCAGAUGGAAAUGUGGGAAAAUCUGCAGCUGGCGGGUCGUCACAGGAGAACAAAUCUCUAUUGCCUCGGGCAACUGGAGGUGGUUGCAAAUCGACUGCUAAUAAGAAGGAGAAGGUGCCAAAGUUCUCUAUUGCUCUUUCUCCAGAGGAGAUAGAAGAGGACAUUUUUGCAAUGACUGGGUCAAAGCCUUGUCAGAAGCCAAAGAAGAGAGGAAAGGCAGUUCAGAAACAGCUUGAUAAUGUGUUUCCUGGUUUGUGGUUGGGGUUGAUAACUCCUAGUACAUACAAAGUCUCUGAAGCUCCUCCAUAGGGUUAGAUAAAAUUGUCGGGGAUGGUAUUCCUUUUGAGUGUUGCCUUGAAGUUUGUGGUCUCAUGACUUCCAAUUUCUGUGAUGUCAAAUGAAGGUACUACUGACUACAAACCUGCAGAGGUGAAAGGGAAAGAAUUUUACCCAUUCUGUGAUGAGCUCAAUGAAUUGGCAGAAGUUUUUAAUUAAAGUUGUUGCAUAUGUUCAAUGUACUAUCCAAGCGCCUUAUAGAAGUCUGUUAUGUUCUACUUGGUAGUGCAAAUGGAUUGUUACUUUUGAAUAUGCUCAAAAGGCAGUGCAAAAAAUUACAAUAGAAAUGAUGUGGGAGCCAUGCACAGUUGAGAUUGAUUGUUGAGGUUGCAUCUUUACUUAUCUAGCAAACUACUUCCUCGCACUUUCUGCGAUUGACAUGUUAGUUUAUUUUGCUGGUUCUAGGGCACUGAGAUAAUUUUUGUGAAGACUCUUAAUGUUAGAUCGGUUCAGUCAAUUCAUUUAUUCCGUACUUUUCUGUUGAUGUUUACUUUGCCAACUUUAAU